AUGGCUACUGAUGUGAGAAACGUGGAGGAGAAGCUGGAUGAGAACCUUCUUGCCGCCCUCCCUGAGGGUGGCAAGGUGGUCUCUGUGACCCCGUCUGGGAUGAGUGACUAUUGCAACACCUUUCGGAUCGAGGUCUCCAUGCCGGAUGGAAGCAGUCAGGUGUUUUUUGAGAAGGUUGCUAACCCAGAAACAAAACUGAUGGAAUCCGCCUGGACCUCCGAAAACACCACCUACGAGUUUAUCCCAGAGCACGUGCCCCGCCCGGUCAAGAAGGGCUCCUACAAAUUUCGUCCAGACAGGCACUUCUUCCUGGCUGAAUUCAUCGAGAUGAUCGAAGACGAUAUUCCCCGUCCCGAGUCCUACAUGACAGCCAUUGCGGCUUUGCACUCCCGCAGCAUGGGCAAGUCCCCCAACGGCAAGUUUGGGUUUCCUGUCAACACCAGAUUUGGCAACCUGGAGCAGGACAACAGCUGGACGGGCACUUGGGAGGAGUACUGGACACGACAAAUGAAAGACUUUCUCCAGCGUGAAGAUGCCGCCCAUGAUGGGGAGCACCAUGCUGAGCUAGAGAGACUACGGCCUUUGUUCUUCGAAAAGGUUCUUCCUCGGUUUCUGCGACCCUUGGAGAGCGAUGGACGUUCAGUAACGCCUUGUCUUAUUCACGCUGACCUCUGGCCUGGCAACGUCAAGUAUCAGACUGAUGGCGAGACGGUCUGUGUCUACGAUGCCUGUGCCAUGUGGGGGCAUAACGAAGUUGAUUUGGGUGUUUUUCGCAACCCACGGUACCCACUCGGCAAACCGUAUCUGAAGGAGUACUGGAAGCACGUACCUAUUUCGGAACCCGAGGAGGAUGUUGACAGCAGGAAUACCCUCUACAUGCUGAGGAACCAGAUUUUGCUGUCAACCUUGUAUCCGCACGAUCACAAGCUCCGCGAGAUCGUUGUGAGCAAUAUGAAGCUGCUGGUAGACAAAGUCGAGGCCGAGGAAGCUGCUAAGAGUGGUCCUCAGACUUCUACUUACCAAUCUCGUCUCUGA